AAGCCAUGCACUGUUCUAGAUGAGGGGGGGAUGGAUUGUGAGUGAUAUAUUAAUACCUUUUGGUUGUUAUCUGCAAGCGCUGAUGCGAGUAUUGGUGCUCCAUAUUAUCACAUGAUUUACUCACAUCUUUCAUUAACACGGACACAUCUGUUAUGAUGAUGAGCAUAAUGAGUAACGGGUUAAUUGUUUAACCAAUAUAUUGACAUUGUUACUGUGUUGUAGCUAGUUGAUAUGACACAAUCCAUGGCGACGAUUUUAUGUGCGCAUUUUUUCAAAGCCUUUGAAUACAACAGCAACGUAUUUAAGUAAUUCAAAAAUACAGUUUCAGUGAUUUGUAGCACAACAGGCUAUAACGCCUCAAGUGUUUUCAUACAAUAACUACGGUUGGGCUGACCUUUAAUUCUGAAUAUACGCGUUUAGAUCGUUGGAGCCAAUCAGAGGACGAGAUGACUCCUACGUCAUCACGUUCAAGGAUUUCGGCAGUUAACGUUGUAAUGGAUAAUUCAGACUUCGGCCAGUUUUAAAAGUGCGACGCCGAUUGAGUUUACAGAACAUAAACCCAAAUUAUUUAUCUCCCCAAAACUAGACUCGUAUGUCCGCCCACAGGAGCCCAGCGAGGCCAACCAGCUUCGGGGAGAAGAGGAAGUAGGCGGGUGUUGUAGCCGGGGGAAGCCUCCAGCUGCUCUGCCAUAGUUCAAGAUGGUGGCCAAGAGGAUCCGCUCGGAGUACAUGAAGAAAUUCAAAGACCCCAAAUGGGAGACCUACAGUAAGUGUUACGAGGAGAUGCUGAAGUACAGGCUGACCCGCAGGCUGCUGGAGCACACACACAACCCCUGGUUCUGGAGUGACUCCGACAGUGAUUCAGACUCCGGAGGAAGAAGUCCCCCCCCUCCCAGUAAGAACCAGGUAGGGCCCGAGACCAGCAGAGACAGGACGGAGGUGGAGUUGGAGGAGUGUGAGGGGGCGAGGAUGGACAGACAGCAGGAGCAGCUGAGCAGAGCCACCGGGACCAUACCCAGGCUUCCCCUUCCAAAGGAGGAGAAUGGGUCUGCAGUCCAUGGUACAUGUGAUUUAAGGACUGUACAACAUAUUGGGAUGUUCACAAGCUACUCUUCUGUAACAUAUGACAUUCACUCCUCUCAGGCUCUCAGCUUAAAGGUGCCAGAGAGACAGAAGUACCGGAGGAGGAGAGAGAGGAGCGGACUCACAGUCAAGACGGAGAGAGAGACACUGGAGGAGCCAGACCAGAGCAGAGUAAACCCUCCAAAUCCUCAAAGCAAACAUGGCGCUCCCAGCGAGUCAGGCCUGCACCAACGCGGCCGCCCAGGGACGACAGUAAGGACGGCAGACAUCCUUUUGCUCUGUACGGUUCAGGAGAGAAGGAUGCCGACACGGCAAGCAGGAAGACACACAAUGUUGGCGCUGCAGCUUCUACUACUGAGAUCCACGAGUCGGCUCUUCGUGCUAAGAUCCGGCGGGAGGUGGAGCGUCAGAUGCAGACCCAGAAGACUGAGCGGCGGAGAACCAAGUCUGCCGAUCUGGACAAGGCCAGAAAGUUGGUUCAACCAGAAUUCAACCCCUGGCUCACCGAGUACAUGCGCUGCUUCUCUGCUCGCUCACGAUAGGACACUUACAUACACACACUCAAAAUACUUACAUCAGGGUGAUUCCAGACAAAAAUACAAAGUUAAAGCCAUUAUUGCCUACUGCCCUUGAAGUUUAAAUAUCCAUAGCUGUAGAAUAGAGCAUGGGGUGGAUUGAUUCAUACAAAGGCUCCAAAAUGUGUAUUACACCUGCAUUCAGGAUGUAAACUGACAAAACUUUUAAAUUCACUGUGUGGCUUAUUCCUCCAGAUGUGUACUAUCGUGUUUUUACGUGAAUCAAUUUUAAUAUAUAUGUACAACAACAACCAUUUUACAGGGUAUAAGAGACUCUUGUAAGAGAUGAUUUGAAAGUGUAAGUAUAAUUUGUGGAUUCGUCUACUGAAUGCAGAUAUUUUGAUUAGAAUGAAGAGUCUAAAAUGCCUUUUACAGCCAUACUUCGUUAAACAGAGGCUAUACAAGACGUGUCCAUGUCUUUGAUACAGGGAUAUCAAACCACAUUGGACUAACACAGGAGUAGUGAAGGCACAUGGCAGCGUGUCUGGAUAGAGUCAGCCAUGUUCUUAAAAACGCUUCUGAGAUCUAAUUUAUAGACAAACACAUGUAGACAAAACCAAACACACUUUCAGAAAUAUGUCUGGAAAAGACUUUUACAGCUUUUUAUUUUCAGAUCACUUAUCGCUGUGACCUGGGUCUUGUAGAUUUAAUGAGUUUUGUAACAGUUCAUGGAUCAAUCUUUAGAUAAAUAGUGAAUCACACUCCGUCAAACUCAAACUCUGUGUAAAAUCACAGUUGUGUGAUGUGACACAUUUUCUCACGAGCUUUUUGCAGGAGGGCUCGAAUGAACGGACAGUGUUAUUGACUAAAAAUAGUUUCACAACAACAUUUGUGUUUGUUGUUUAGUUGUGUUAAUGUGCACUUACAGUAAUGUGAACAUAUCUAUUUGACUUUUGGAUGACUGAACAUUGUGUUUCUGUGGUACUGUGGAUACUGCAGAGUUUCUGUUAUACACUGACUCAUCAUGGGACUCUAUAACAAAAAAAAACAUUUAAAAAAUGUCAGGUUCAGGUUCCUGCGAAGCAUAACAAUCAAUUUUUGAGGCCAAAUAUCUUUAUCAUGACUGUUUCUGCUUUAGAACCAAAAAUGGAACCAAAACAACAGCAGACAUUAAGCUGACGCCUAGAUGACCGUCAGAAGUACAUGAACACAUAUUCCUGAUUUACUGUUUACUUCUUCAAGCAGUUUAUGCUCUAAAGCAGGAGCACCACAGCACUUUGAUAAUUAGUCACCUUUCUGAAAUAAUGUGUAGAUAUUAAUGUAGAUACAGAAUUCCUUGCUACCUAUUUGGCUUUUUGUGUAAUUUGUUCAUCAUUUGAAUCUACUUACAUAAGAAAACAAAAAUGGACUUUUAAUCCUUUGUGUAAUAGAUCUGGUGUUUUUAUGAGAAUCAGAUCCCUCUGUGUCCUUGUGUCAGUCGUCGUUCCAUAAAAACUGGAGAAAAGACUUUUUCUCCUUUGCACAACUGUAUGUAUUGAUGUUAUUGAUGUGAAUAUUGUGCAGAAAAAAAGGGACAUUUUUGAUAAUUUAUAGCAGUAAUCACAUAUGAUCAUCCUACUCAAUAAAUUUAAUCAGGCAAAGUGGAGAAGAAAUAGAGUUUAUGACCAAUAAGGCACCAGGAGUACUUUCAUCUCACUUCUUGACAAACUCCACAGUGUCGAGUCUGGUUUUAGUGGAAAAGCUUCUGCUGUUCCUCACAUAUAUAAUUGAUGACAUAAGGAGCAUAACAAUUACAGAAUACUGUAAUUGUAAAAUGGCAUGAUACUUAACAUUUCUAUGUUUAAAUCUUAGGCUUUAAACUGACUUGUGUACAUAUUUUAUUUGGAGGAAAAGAAGUUAAAUGGUGUGGUGCAAAGCUUUUUAAUAAAUCACUUUUUUUGCAUCUGUUCAUCUCCACCAAACUACACAUAUUAUUCAGAAAACUAAGAAAUUAAAUCUCUUUAAAGAAAAACCAUCAACAAAAACAUGGAUUAAACCAACAAAAGCUGCUUUUCAAAGACUGCUAUAUUUGUCGUAGUUUUUAUUUAAAAAACAUAUGCUUUUAUUAUACACAAUAAAUUAAAAAUCCAUGAUAUUCAUAAUGACAAGAGAAAAACAGACAUAAAUAGACAAAGGACUUGAUGACAUAAACACAAGACGGCGACCUGACGUGGAGCAGCCAAAGCCACCAGAAGAUGAAUUCUAAUUUUAAAUAUUUCUAGUUUGAAGUGUGCUUGAUUUAAACAUAAUGCAUAAUUGUCAAGGGUCUAAAAUGUUAUAAAUAAUAAAAACAUAAAUGUGUUGUUGUGAUGCUUGAAUACACCUACGCAAAACACACCUAAACCUAAUUCUUCAAAGAAAUUCCCCAGUUGAAUUGUUUUGUGUCGAGAGCUUCAUGUGGCUGAACUGAGCAUCAAAUAUCUUUGGAGACAAAUAAAAAUCAAACACACAUCAGAUAGUUUCAUACUGUUGCUAAAACUUGAAAUGCAUUCAGUGUUACCCCACAGCUGCAGGCAGUCAGUGAGGCAUUCAUGUAAACAGGCGUCACUUAUAAAUGAGAGGGAUCAGUCAUUGGAUUCUUUUGGAUAAAAGGAGUGUUUCAUUUAACUGAAUGGUAAAUGCUGAGCAUACCACUGUAAAUUAAAAGAUGACAUGACUUUCACACUCCAUUGAUCAUAAUAUUUCUAUAUUUCUUUUUUGCAAUCUAUAAUCUUGACAAUGAUAAAACAGCAUUUUCCCACGUAAACAUGUAAGUCCAUAAUAUAAUCCACAUCAGCUUGUCCCAGUCACAAACAGUACUGACCAUCUAUACUGCUUACAUGUUGCCAGUGUAUUGUGGCUUAACAUGUUAUUAAUUCAAUGGAGCAUAAAACAGAUUCUGGAUAUGAUAUCUACUUUAAUAUACAUAUAAUAUCUCUUCAUAAUGAAAUACUCUGAUAUUCUGUUUGAGAAAACAUGCAUCAGUCUAUAUACAGAAACACUGUACAGUGUACAAGAUGCUGUAGGGCAACGGAGGAGAUUCAGAGAGAUACUUUACUGGGAGAGUAAGUGUGUAAGACGGGAUGCAGGGAGUGCAAAAUGUAUUGUGUUGUGUUUAAAACAGGAAGUUAACAGGCAAUCGGAGCCGUUGUGUAGCAAAGAGAACUUCCAUAGUAGGGGAGGCUUUUGGAUAUGCAUGUAGUUUGACAAAAGAAAAAAGUCAUGCCAAGAAUUAUGUGAGAAAAAUUGAUACAAUGUAUCAAG